GUGUCCAUCGGUCGAUUGUCCCAGCAGUCGUAAAAUCAGCGACAUGAAAAUUCCCUCAACAGCAACAUCCAUGGAAAUCAUCUCACCAUAUCUCAACACCAACUCCAUAAUUCCCCUCUUCCUCUUGCUUCUGAUAUCAUAUUUGGUUCUGAAGAAGCUUUCCAAAGCCUCCAAACGCCGAGCCCCACCAGCAGCCGGCGGCGCAUGGCCCAUCAUCGGCCACCUGCCACUCCUCAGCGGCCCACAACUCCCCCACGAAACAUUAGGAGCCAUGGCCGACAAAUACGGACCCAUAUUCACAAUCCAAGUGGGCGUCCACCCAACCCUCGUCAUCAGCAGCUGGGAAGUGGCCAAAGAGUGCUACACCACCCACGACUCGAUCGUCUCCUCGCGCCCCAAAACCGUGGGCGGCAAAUUGCUGGGCUACAAUUUCGCCGGGUUCGGGUUCAGGCCCUACGAUUCCUUCUACCGAAGCAUCCGUAGAAUCAUAGCCUCGGAGAUGCUCUCGAACCGGCGGCUGGAGUUGCAGUUUCAGAGAGAUAUCAGAGAUUCCGAGGUGAAGAGAUCUGUGAGGGAGCUUUACGAUUUGUGGGAAAAGAAAAGGGAAACCUCAGAUGAUGACGACGUGGCGGUUAAUGUUGACCUGGAUGGUUGGGUUGGGAGUGUUGAUUUGAAGGUGAUUUUGAUGAUGGUUUGUGGGAAGCGGUUUGUUGGGGAGAAGGAGAUGAAACGGUGCCGUAGAGCGAUGAGGGAGUUUUUUGAUUUGGCGGGGCAGUUUAUGGUGGGGGAUGCGCUUCCUUUUCUGAGGUGGCUGGAUUUGGGUGGCUAUCAGAAGGCCAUGAAGAAAACUGCCAAAGAAUUGGAUUCUAUUAUGGAGGAGUGGCUGGAUGAGCACCGCCGGAAGGCAGACUCCGGCGCCGCCGCCGACGGUGGACCGGACUUCAUGGAUGUCAUGCUUUCCACGCUUGAAGGGAUUGACCUUGCUGGAUAUGAUGCUGCUACUGUCAACAAAGCCACUUGCAUGACCAUUAUUGCUGGAGGAACCGACACUACAACAGAAACUAUAUUAUGGGCAAUCUCAUUAUUGUUGAACAACCGAGAGGCACUAAAAAGGGCUCAAGAAGAGCUAGACAUCCAUGUUGGAAAUAAAAGACUUUUGGAUGAAUCAGACAUAAGCAAACUGGAGUAUCUCCAAGCUGUCGUGAAAGAAACAUUAAGGUUGUACCCAGCAGGUCCAUUAUCAGGGAUUCGCGAGUUCAGUCGGGAUUGCACGGUUGGAGGCUAUGACGUGGCCGUCGGUACACGUCUCAUCACAAAUCUUUGGAAGAUACAGACGGACCCUCGAGUGUGGGCAGAGCCUUUGAAAUUCAAGCCGGAGAGGUUUUUGAGUAGCCACAAACACCUGGAUGUGAAAGGCCAAAACUUUGAAUUCACUCCAUUUGGUUGUGGGAGGAGAGUGUGUCCUGGGCUGGGGUUUGGCAUCCAAAUGACGCAGUUGGUUUUGGCGAGUUUGAUACAUUCGAUGGAACUUAAAACUCGAUUUGAUGAACCAGUUGAUAUGACGGCUGAUUUUGGAAUCACCAUGCAUAGAGUCAACCCUCUUCAAGUUCUCAUCAAGCCGCGCCUCCUAGCUAGUGCUUAUGCAUGAUUCCAACACACUGGAACUUGUUAUUUCGAUGCCUCAAGUUCUAUUAAAUUUUAAAAUAAUCACAAGUUUUUGUUCAUGUACACCUGUUUGAAUUCAUGUAGUUGGUGUGAAAUAAACGCACAAACUCAUGAUGUGAAUUACGAUUUCAUAUUUUGGUAUGUUUCAAGUCCACUAUAGAUUCGGCCCAUUUGAUAAGCAAAAAGAGCCCUUUUCUGUUGGGCUUUUUUUCCGGUAAAAUCUGACUUGGGUUCAAGAUUUUGCUGCCUAUUUUAUUUUUAUUUUAACUAAAGCCACCCAUUUUCUUGAUUAA